AUGGCGUCCGCAACACGAAAGGAUCUCCUCAAGAAGGUGUACAACAUGGUGCCGCCCAUGCUGGAGAGCUUCCAUAAGGGCCAAUUGGGUCGUGUAGCUGUCAUUGGUGGCAGUGAAGACUACACUGGUGCGCCUUACUUCUCCGCCAUGGCAUCAGCAAAACUCGGCUGCGACAUGUCACACGUAAUAUGCGAACCUGGAGCCGGUGCUGUUAUCAAGACAUACUCACCUAACCUGAUGGUGCAUCCAUAUAUGCGCCAAUCCAAGAAUGUCGGCCAGAAUGAGAACAUCGAAAGCAUCAAGUCAGAAGUUGUCGCCAUGCUAUCGCGCCUCCAUGUUGUCGUUAUCGGUCCAGGACUUGGUCGCGACAAGCUCAUGCAGGACACAUGCGCCGAAGUCAUCCAGGAAGCGAGGAAACAGGGUAUCCCAUUCGUGCUUGACGCAGACGGUCUGUACCUAGCUCAGACCAGGCCGGAGCUCGUAGACGGCUGCACAGAGUGUAUCCUCACACCCAACGUCGUCGAAUUCGGAAGACUGGCCAAGGCCAAGGGCGUCAACGUCGACGAAGGCGACCCAUCAGAACUCUGCUCCAAGCUUGCGAAGGCAUUCGGCGGCGUUACUAUUAUCCAGAAGGGUGCCAAGGACUACAUCUCCAACGGCUCGCAAACACUCAUCUCCGAGGGCGAGGGUGGCUUGAAGCGUUCCGGUGGCCAGGGUGAUACUCUCACUGGUAGUCUGGCGACACUCCUCGCGUACAGGAAAGCGUACCAUGACAAGAUCUGGGACCACGGUACCAAUAUGGAGCCCAGUGAGACGCUUGCGCUUGCAGCAUAUGGCGGUUCGUGUAUCACGAGGGAGUGCUCGAAAUUGGCCUACAAGGAGAAGGGCAGGUCACUGCAGGCUGCGGACUUGACGGAGCAUGUACACACUGCUUUCUUGAACGUCAUUGGGGAGAAGGAAGAGACGCCGAAGUUAUAG